GACCAUGUUGUAGUUUCGUUUUUUGUUUUCUUUCGGCGAAAUCAAUGGAGGGGCAACUUAAUCACGGAAAAGGCUCAGAAGCUGAAAGUAUAAGCCAGCUUGGUUCCGAAGCGAAUUUGGGCCUUCGUCGUGGGAAAUGCAAAUGGUUCAAUGUAGCUAAAGGAUGGGGGUUCGUGACACCAGACGAUGGGGGUCAAGAUGUGUUUGUUCACCAGAGCGUGAUUCAAAUGGGCGGGUUUCGGUCGUUAGGAGACGAAGAGGAAGUUGAGUUCGAAUGUCAAGUUUCCGAUAAAGGGUUAGAGGCAACCAAAGUUACCGGCCCACAGGGCACCGAUUGUCGGGGUUCCCACCGGCGCCCCGCUUCAAAGAAACGGUUCAGGAAAAUCAGGUGCUACAAUUGCGGCGAGUUUGCUAAUCACAUAGCAGCCAAAUGUACAAUGGGUCCUCAGCCCAAGCGUUGCCAUAAUUGCAAGAGCGAAGGACAUCUUAUUGCCGAUUGUCCGACUAGGCAAGAGCGGCCCCCAAAAGCGUCGGGUAGCGCGAAAGAGAACGGCGACACCGAAGGUCAAAACGGCGACUCGUCGCUAACGCCAUCUAAAUCCGAAUGACCAAAGUACUCGAGUAAAAUCGAUAUUACAUUAAGUAGGUUGCGGCUGAAUUACUAUCCUCGCAGUAACUGGUAAUCCUGUUAAGUGCAGAUCGCUGUUUGCAUCAGCUUGGUUUUCUGUAUCAUAGUUGGGGCUGUAAGUUAUCGAUUUUUCGUAAAUUGUAACCUCAAGAAAAAAAAAUGUUUCGUGCUGAGUUUUGGUUAGUUAAUUUAUUUGUUUUUUUACCUAGAAACAGUUUUGCAAUCAGGCGUUCUGCUGAUAAAACAAGGGUAAUCAAUGAACAGUUGUUCCCAAAAUUAAUAGAUUAGUAGAUUUAGGCGUAAAGUUGGAGAAUUCGUGUUUUUUUUUUUCAAAUGUACUUUGUAGAAUUUAUUUAGGCCAUUGCUCGAAAUAAUGUCUGUGGUACAUAAAUGAAAAUUUUACACCCAGCUGCGGAUUUUUCAAAGUUAGGUUAAGUAAAUGCUGAUAUACCGUCAUAUCUACCAAACACAUACCACGGGCGGAUGUAGUUAUGACACCAUAAAAUGCCAUGUAAUUUUAUUCGAAAUUUAUUUUGUGUUUAUAGAAGAUAUUUAUUAAUACUGUUUUAAAUUAUUGUUUUAGCAUUUAUUUAAAAAUUAUGACAAUAUUGGCUAUUUUGGACGUGUUUUAUGAAAAGUUUUUGUUUUUUUUUAAUUUGAUAUGGGGAAGAUAUUUUUUCAAUUUUCUCAUACAAAGUGUUCCAAGUGCAUAAUCUGGGUUACAUAUAUCUAGCAAUUAAAUUAUUCAAGAAAUUAAUUAUCGAGGAAGUCGAUAAUUUUUUUUGAGGCAAAAACAAUGGCCUUUUGAUGGGGUGAAAAUUGAUAAAAUACAUUCCUCUUCAUUUUACUUAAAAAUUUGUUUUUAUUAUAUAUUUCUUUUAUUGCGAAGAUAUUUUGCGUAGAUUGACAAAAAUUUAGAAGCAGGAUAUGACGUCUAACUACACCGAGGUAUAUCUACGUUAAAUAAGAACUCCACCUAAUAUUAGCGUAACAUUAGUUUAAUUUAAGAUUUUUCCUAUCCCCAUUCGGAUAGGUGAACUACACAUUCUACCUCAUUAAAAGACUUUUAAAUGUAAGAUUUUUAAACUUUAACGUUCAGUUGCCUAUCGCCUUUUUCACUGUAUUUGUACAUUGUAUUCGUACCUGAUAUUGAUCUUGUAGCAUAAUCGACGUAUGUAUUUUAAUUUUAUUUAAUUCUCCACCAAUCAGUGUUCAAGGUAUUAUUAUAAAAAAGUUGUAACAGUUUAUUGGAAACAACUUACUCAAUUUUUUCAUUUCUAAAAGUUAUAACUUAACUCUGUAUCAUGUUUCGGCAUAUAGUUUUUAAAUGUUUAUUUGAAUGGGAACUCUUUCACAUUACUAUUCAAAGUUGUAAAUAUUUUGCCUAAUAUGUACUUCAAGAGACUGAUACAAAUCAGGGAUUUUAAAGCUUAAGAUAACAAGAAUGUUUAUAAAAUUACUUUUUC